CGCGCGCAUGCGCGUGUCUGUGUUGUUGACAGAGAGAUGGAGGCGCUCGGAGACGCAGCAGCGCCGGGGCUGAAGGGGUUAAUCCAGCAGUUCACUGCCAUAACAGGAGCUACAGAAAGUGUGGGGAGACACAUGCUGGAGGCAUGUAACAAUAACCUGGAGAUGGCGGUCACCAUGUUUUUGGACGGAGGAGGAAUCACAGAGGAACCGAGCACAAGUUCCAGUUCGGCUGGAGCUUCCGGCAGCAGACAUCCCCAUUCAGAAGAUGAUGUUCGAGCGCCAAUCCCUCAGAAGCAGGAGAUCCUGGUGGAGCCCGAGCCUCUGUUUGGAGUACCAAAGAGGCGCAGACCGGCACGCUCCAUAUUUGACGGCUUUCGGGACUUUCAGACUGAAACCAUCAGACAGGAGCAGGAGCUGAGGAACGGAGGAGCCAUGGAUAAGAAGCUGAGCACGCUGGCAGAUCUGUUUCGGCCCCCCAUCGAGCUCAUGCAUAAGGGCAGCUUUGAAACGGCCAAAGACUGCGGUCAGCUGGAGAACAAGUGGCUGAUGAUAAACAUCCAGAACGUUCAGGACUUCGCCUGCCAGUGUCUAAACAGAGACGUGUGGAGCAACAAGGCUGUGAAAACCAUCAUCAGAGAGCAUUUCAUCUUCUGGCAGGUUUAUCAUGACAGUGAAGAGGGUCAGCGCUACAUCCAGUUUUACAAACUCAACAAGUUCCCUUACAUCUCCAUCCUGGACCCCCGCACAGGUCAGAAGAUGGUUGAGUGGAACCAGCUGGAUGUGUCUUCGUUUCUGGACCAGGUGACGGGGUUUCUGACGGAGCACGGGCAGCUGGACGGUCUGUCCACUCAACCGCCCGCCAAACGCGCUCGCUCUGAGAGUUUAAUCGACGCGAGUGAGGACAGUCAGCUGGAGGCAGCUAUCCGAGCGUCUCUGCAGGAAACGCACUACGAAUCCACUGAAGACAAGCCGGAAUCUCGAUCCGACGAUGAAUCGGACGCGGAGGCUUUCUCCGACAGCGAGGGGCUGAUAUCGGUGGACGGCUCGGACAACGAAACGGGAGGAGUAGGAGGAGGGGAGGACUCUCUGGACGGGCGAGCGUCGUCAGAACAGGCUCCACCCAUCAUCAGGCAAGACAGCCCCGCCCACCACAGGAAGUCUCCACACAAAGAGCUGAACCACAGAAAAGAAGAGAGCAAGAAAAACCACCUGGAGCCUCCGGGGCCGAGCCACAGACCGCCGGAGAGCCAGCAGCAGCGACAAAAUCAAAACUCCACACCCCCCCACAGCUCACAGCCCACAGCCGGCAGCUCAGAAGCCGAAGACAACGGUCCGAAGGCUCGCUUAAUGCUGAGAUAUCCAGAUGGCAGGAGGGAACAGAUAGCACUGUCUGCUAAUGACAAGCUCAUGGCCCUGGUGAGACACGUGCAGUCGAAGGGUUACCCAAACGAACGCUUUGAACUUGUCACCAACUUCCCUCGGCGGAAACUGGCGCAUUUGGACUAUGAGAUCACGUUGCAGGAAGCCGGACUCUGUCCACAGGAAACCGUGUUUGUGCAGGAGAGGAACUAGUCCCUCUUUUUCGUUUGUAAGCCUCGUCUUCUCUCCUCCAAUGGUUACUCGAGCUCCACGGAGAAUGGGAACGGGCCGCGCCUCGUUCACUGCCGGUCCUUUUCUGAAAAAACGCCCUGGGAGACGGAUCUCUGCAGGUGGACCACAGUUCAUAUUUAUUUGUGAAUAACUCUGCGCAUCCCUAUUGGGCCUGUUGGGGCUCUCUCAGCUGCGUAUUGGUAUAAAGCAGCGUGGAAUAGUUUGAGAAUAAGCUCAUACUGGAAAGCCCUAAUGUUGAAAUCGGGUUUUGAGGUCACCCUCCCGACGAGUGGCGUCAUUUUGAUUGAUGGCCAUGUUCGAUAUAGGAAAACCUUCAUUUUA